AUGCAUCUGACGUGGAACGAGGCGCUGUCCGGCGUCUUCGGCUCGGUGUCGCUGGCGGCGUGGAUCUUCCUACUGGUGCCGCAGUUGAUCGAAAACUACACGCAGGGCCACGCCGACGGCAUCAGCCUGACCUUCCUCUUCAUCUGGUUCGUCGGCGACAUCACCAACCUCGCCGGCGCGCUGUGGGCCGGCCUGGUGCCGACCGUCAUUGCCCUGGCCGUCUACUUCUGCUUCGCCGACCUGGUCCUGAUCGCCCAAUGCCUGUACUACCUCGCCCUGAAGAAGCGCCAGGUCCAGCAGCGGGAGCACGAGACGGCCGACCAUGCCAAUGGAGCUCCGGCCGAGAGCGAAAUCACGCCGCUCCUGCUCAACGGCGACCCGAAUAAGAACACCCCCGCACAGCCGAAGCGACGGCUCACCGAUGUGACGGGGGAGAAUCUGGGUCUGCCGGGCAGUCGCCGGACCAGCAGCGUGACCCAGCGACGGCGCGAUACGAACGAGCACCACCGCGACAGCCUGACGCGCGUGCUGGAAGAGCCGACCAAGACCCGCGCGACGAUCAAGAACACCGUCUCCAUCCUGGGCGUCAUGGCCGUGGGCGCGGCGGGCUGGGCAAUAGCGUGGAAGGCGGGAGCAUGGCGGCCAACACCCGUCGGCGACGAGGGGGUGGGGGAGUCGCCGAUUGGGGCUGAGAUUUUGGGAUACAUCAGUGCCGUCUGCUAUCUAGGCGCUCGGAUCCCGCAGAUUGUCAAGAACCAGCGUGAGAGGUCGUGCGAGGGGCUCAGUCUGCUGUUCUUCCUGCUGAGUCUGCUGGGCAACUUAACCUACGGCGCGGGGAUUCUCUUCCACUCGAUCGAGAAGCAGUACGUCCUUACGAACCUUCCCUGGCUGAUCGGAUCGCUGGGGACGAUGGUGGAAGACGUGACCAUCUUCAUCCAGUUCCACAUCUUUGGCGACAAGCAAAAGGCGGCAGCAAUUGUAUAG